UACACAUCAAAGCUGCUGUUUUAAAAAAUAGAAUAUGGAUUACUUUGUGGGUGUAGACGUAGGAACAGGAAGUGCUCGGGCUGCUUUGGUAUCUUCAAAAGGGAAGAUAGUGAAAUUAGCAACAUGUCCUCUUGAAAUUUUUCACCCUGCUCCAAAUUUCUAUGAACAAUCUUCUGACAAUAUUUGGAGUGCUGUCUGCCAUGUAGUAAAGUCAGUUGUAGCUGAUAUCUCUGCAGACAAUGUAAAGGGUAUUGGUUUUGAUGCUACUUGUUCGCUGGUAGCAAUAGACAAGACAGGAUCACCAGUUACAGUUAGUCCAACAGGUGAAGAUAAACAAAAUGUUGUAUUAUGGAUGGACCAUAGAGCACAGGAGGAAGCAGAUUUUAUAAAUGCACAAGGUCAUGAAAUGCUUCGGUAUGUUGGUGGAAAAGUAUCACUGGAAAUGGAAACACCCAAGAUGCUAUGGCUUAAAAAGAAUCUACCUUCAUCUUGGAAUCGUGCGGCGUUGCUUUUUGAUCUGCCUGAUUUCUUAACAUGGAAGGCAACAGGUUCUGAGUCCAGAUCUCUAUGCUCUUUGGUGUGUAAGUGGAACUACAGUGCUAGUCAGGAUGGUAAUAACAGAUGGAACGACGAGUUCUUUGAGCAAAUUAACUUGAAAGAUCUGAAAAAAGAUAACUGGAGAAAAAUAGGUAAUGAUGUGAGGACUCCCGGUGAUCCGGUUGACCAUGGUUUGUCGGCAAAAGCUGCGUCUGAAUUGGGACUUCUAAAAGGAACAGCUGUGGGCACUUCCCUUAUCGAUGCACAUGCUGGAGGACUUGGUAUGAUAGGCUGUUCUGUUCCUGGUGUACCCGUUAAUUUACAAAAUAGAUUAGCAUUAAUAUGUGGCACAUCAACGUGUCACAUGAUAGUCAAUGAAAAGAAACUAUUUGUAAAAGGUGUCUGGGGACCAUAUUUCAGUGCUAUGAUUCCAGGAUUAUGGUUGAAUGAAGGAGGACAAAGUGCUACUGGAAAAUUACUCGAUCAUAUAAUUGAUACCCAUCCCGCGACACCAGGGAUCCUAAAAAGAUUAAGUGGAAACAAACACAUACAACAAUACUUGUCUGAAUUGUUACAAACAAUGGCAGAUCAUAGAAAUUUGAAAAAUGUUUCUUACUUAACAAAAGAAAUUCAUGUUUGGCCUGAUUUUCAUGGAAAUCGUUCACCUUUAGCUGAUCCAACGCUUAAAGGAAUGAUAUCGGGCUUGUCUUUGUCUGUUGAUCAAGAAAAUUUGGCACUGUUAUAUUUGGCAACGUUACAAGCAUUAACGUAUGGUACAAAAUAUAUUUUGGAAACACUAGAAGAUGCCGGUCAUAAAAUAGAAACCUUACUAGUUUGCGGAGGUCUAAGCCAAAAUCCGCUGUUUAUUCAAAUACAAGCGGAUGUAUUAGGCUUACCUGUACUUUGCCCGGUUGAAAAGGAAUCAGUAUUGAUAGGAGCUGCGAUCCUGGGAUCUUAUGCAGCUAGAAAAUUUCAUACUAUUUACGAUGCUAUUAAAACAAUGGGAGGAUCAGCAAAUAUUGUAAAACCUAAAAAUGAAUGUCACAAGUAUCAUAAUCAGAAAUAUCGAGUCUUUCGAAGAAUGGUGCAAGAUCAGAACGAUUACAAGCAAAUUAUGAACGAAAAUAUCAAAACCUCUGAUGUAAUACUAACAAAAGAAUAAAAUGUACCGAGAAAUUUCGUACAGAAUCUCAUUUUGAAUAAACUAAUAUAAA